ACUCAUGCACACGCUCACACACGCUCGCACAGACCCACACGCUAUCACUCCUACCCCAUACACGCGCACACUGGCACACGCUCACACGAAAUCACACACGUUUACACUCGCACUCACACACAUACCGCUCACACACAGACACACGCUGACACACGCACCCACACACACUCACUGACAGGCACAGACACACUGACACACACACAGACACACGCUCACACACACUGAGAGACACACACUGACAUACGCACCCACACACACUCACUGACAGGCACACACAGACACACUGACACACACACUGACACACACACAGACAAACACACACUGACACACACACUCACACAGACACACACACACAGACACACACUGACACACACACGGGCCUCGCACGCGCGCGCAGAGCACGCACGCGCCCGUGCACAUCGCGCGCGACAUCGUCUGCUGCAUCAUCCCCCACCACCACCAUCAUCACCACCACCAUCCCCCACCACCACCAUCACCACCAUCAUCAUCACCACCACCAUCCCCCACCACCACCGUCCCCGGGAGCGAGCGCUGUCAAUGGCCAUGGCCGCGGCAUUGACCGCGGGAGGCGGCGGUGCGGGAGGGACGCGGCAGAGCGGCGGCGGCGGCGCUGGCGGCGGCGUGGGGGGGGCGGGGGUGGCGGUGGUGGCGUGGCCGGGAGAUCGCGCCCUGCGGCCGGCCUAACGCCCCCCGCCAGGGACGGAGCCGGCGCCUCUUCUUCUCCUUCUUCUUCUUCCUCUUCGCCGGAGGAGGAGGAGGGGGGAGGCGAGGGCCAUGAAGAGGGAGGACUUGAGAAUGAUGAGCGAGAGCCAUUUUCCCUACCGGCGUCACUCGUGGAUAUGUUUCGACGUGGAGAAUGGCGUGUCGGGAGGCCGCAGCCCUCUGGACGCGCAGGCGAGCCCAGGCUCGGGCCUGGUGCUGCACUCGGCGAUGCCGCACGGCGCGCGGCGCGAGAGCUUCCUCUACCGCUCCGACAGCGACUACGAGCUCUCGCCCAAGUCGGUGUCGCGCAACUCCUCCAUCGCCAGCGACGUGUGAGUGG